GGAGAGCCGCGCGGAGGAGGCGCUGCAGCCCCAGUAGCGGCGGCGGGCACGGGCCGGAGCAGGCAGGCAGGCAGGCAGCGGCGGGGCUGCAGCGAGGGGGUGCGCCGCGGCGCAGAGCGCACGGGGGGAGUUUGGCGCAGCGCAGGGCGCACAGGACGCAGGAUGGCCCCGCUUGGCGGCGGCAGCAGCAGCCCGGCUCCUGUCUCUACGCUGCGCUGCGCGUAAGGGGCCCGGCUCUCCAGGCGCCCCGGGAGAAGCGCAGGCAGGGGGCGCGCCCGGCAGCUGCCGCCACUUGUUGAUCCAGCCGGGACCCCGCUGCCCGGCGCCUCCGGCCGCUGCGCGCCGGGCACCCAGGUUCCCCGAGGGGCGCUCGCCCCGGCAGGGCCCCAGCCAUGGCCAAGGACCAGCUGAAGCCCCGGCUGUGCCACAUGCGCAAGGGGGAGAGCGGCUACGGCUUCCACCUGCACGGCGAGAAGGGCAAGAGCGGCCAGUUCAUCCGCAAAGUGGAGCCCGGCUCCCCGGCCGAGGCGGCGGCGCUGCGCGCUGGGGACCGGGUGGUGGAGGUGAACGGGGUCAACGUGGAGAAGGAGACGCACCACCAGGUCGUGCAGCGCAUCAAAGCGGUGGAGUCUGAGACCCGCUUGCUGGUGGUGGACAAGGAGACGGACGAGUACCUCUCCAGCCUGCGGCUGACGUGCACCGAGGAGAUGGCGCACGCCGGGAUCCCAGCGCACGCCAGCACGUUGCUGGCCAAAUCGCCCGGUAGCGACAACGGAGACGUAUGGAAACCGCAGCGGGAGCUGAGCGGCGGGAGCGUGAGGAGUCACUCGUCACACAGCUUCUCCUCGGAGAGCGGGAAGAAGGAUUUAAACGGACAAACCAAGGAGCUGCGCCCACGUCUUUGUCACCUUAAGAAAGGGCCCAAUGGUUACGGGUUCAACCUCCACAGCGAGAAGUCCCGGCCCGGGCAGUUCAUCCGUUCGGUAGAUCCAGAUUCGCCAGCCUCCAAGGCGGGCCUGCGACCCCAGGACAAGCUUGUGGAGGUGAAUGGGAUCAACGUGGAAGGCAUGAAGCACUCCGAGGUGGUGUCCAACAUCAAGUCGAAGGAGAACGAAGCCAAGCUCCUAGUGGUAGAUCCCGAAACAGACGAAUACUUCAAGAAACUGGGGGUAAUCCCCAUGGAGGAGCACAUCAAAGGUGGGGUGCCUCAGCCUAUUACCAACGGGUCUGCACAAACCCAGCUGAACGGAGGAUCCAUGUCUUCAUCCCAUAGCGAUCUCCAAAGUCCUGAGAAGGAAUCAGAGGAGGGGGAGUCUGAGAAGAAGGACCCAUUUGAGGAAAGUGGUCUAAACCUGAGCCCGACUGCGGCCGAGGCCAAAGAGAAAGCGCGCGCCAAGCGGGUGAACAAGAGGGCUCCGCAGAUGGACUGGAACAAGAAACGGGAGAUUUUCAGCAACUUCUGAGUCCGGCAGGCAGCUCCUCCCAUUCUCUCCCUCUCCCCCCUGAAGCAAACGUCUCCAACGUGCACCAGCACCAUUCCCAGCUGUCCACUCAAGACGCUUCAUGCUCUGCUCUCCAUUGGUAGCUUUUUGCAAGGCAAAUCUGUCAGAAGUGUCUUUUAUGGACAAGUGAAUCCAGUAGACAGAAAAUGACCAAAGCUCCUCCCCAGCGCGCUCACCCGGCUGUCCCCGGUUCCCACCUUGCUGCUGAGAAAAGACUGGAAAGACUUUUGCUUCUUACUUGGUUUUUUGUUUUUUACUAUAUUGAGCUCCUCUUGUUGCAGAAGGACGCGUCCGGGUGUAAAACCUCAUGCCGAGGGCUCCCAAAUGGCCGACUCUCGUUUGUUUCCAUUCAAAGUGUUAGUUUGGUUUUUCUAAAAAGAAAAAAAAUCUCAUUCUGAGCUCCAGUGGUCAGUACUCGCAUGGUGGGAGAAUGGUCAGUUCUCUUGUUGGCUUCUUCAUGGAGUUAGAAGGGUUGGCUGGUUUUUUUCUUUUUGUUUUUGGUGUAAGCCCUCCCUCCCCCCCAAUCCUACAUCUGUUUCUCGUUAAUGCUGGAACCGCUUUCCCCUGGGAUCCCUUUAACCAGUGCAAUAAAAGCCCUUUUCUCAGCAAACUUCUCCGCCCCUCCCCUCCAAACAAACUCUGAG